GAAGCGGAAGCGGGCGGUGCUUCGGCUGACUGGGAAAUGUCAGCCGCCUAACUGCUGACGGGUUUUCAUCCCCGGACAGCCCUCGGGCCUGCUGGUGACCGCCACCGCCGUCGCGUCCGAGCGUAGGUCCCAGAGCCUGGACAGCCGUGGCGGACACGGAGUUUCCCGUCCCUUCCAGACGCUGUCGAGCGAGAUCGGACGUGUACAAUUAUGAUCCAGAUGUGGAUGUGAACGAGUGUGGUUAGACUGAUUAUUCAAUAAUGAGUGGUGCAGCUUUGGGACUCGAGAUUGUUUUUGUCUUUUUUCUGGCACUAUUUCUACUUCAUCGAUAUGGAGACUUUAAGAAACAGCAUAGACUUGUAAUUGUUGGAACUCUGCUUGCUUGGUAUCUCUGCUUUCUUAUUGUCUUCAUACUGCCUCUGGAUGUCAGUACGACGAUAUACAACCGAUGUAAGCAUGCUGCUGCAAACUCCAGCCCUCCUGAGAAUAACAACACUACAAGAUUACAUGCAACUGCUAACCCAGCUCCAAGCCAACACCCAUGUUUUAAGCCAUGGAGUUACAUUCCUGAUGGAAUCAUGCCAAUUUUCUGGAGGGUAGUAUAUUGGACAUCACAGUUUUUAACAUGGAUUCUGUUACCUUUUAUGCAGUCAUAUGCAAGAUCAGGAGGAUUUUCCAUCACUGGAAAGAUUAAAACUGCUCUGAUAGAGAAUGCAAUAUACUAUGGCACUUACUUACUGAUUUUUGGAGCAUUUCUAAUUUAUGUAGCUGUAAACCCAAGUUUGCAUUUAGAAUGGAACCAGCUUCAAACGAUUGGGAUUGCUGCUGCAAAUACAUGGGGUCUGUUUCUUCUUGUGUUGUUGUUGGGAUAUGGCUUGGUGGAAAUACCUCGAUCAUACUGGAAUGGAGCAAAAAGAGGUUACCUACUUAUGAAGACUUACUUUAAGGCAGCCAAACUCAUGACAGAGAAAGCAGAUGCAGAAGAAAAUUUAGAAGAUGUUAUGGAGGAGGUCCGUAAAGUGAAUGAAAGCAUCAAGUAUAACCACCCACUAAGAAAAUGUGUUGACACAAUACUUAAAAAGUGUCCUACAGAAUAUCAGGAAAAAAUGGGUAGGAACAUGGAUGAUUAUGAAGAUUUUGAUGAAAAGCGUAAUACUUAUCCAAGUGAAAAAAAUCUGGUAAAAUUGCACAAACAGGUGAUUUAUUCAGUUCAGAGGCAUCGUCGAACUCAAGUACAAUGGCAGAUUCUUUUGGAACAAGCAUUUUAUUUAGAAGAUGUAGCAAAAAAUGAAACUACUGCUACUCGUCAGUUUAUUCACACCUUUCAAUCACCAGAGCCAGAAAAUCGAUUUAUCCAAUAUUUUUAUAAUCCUACAGUUGAAUGGUAUUGGGAAUGUCUUUUGCGGCCGUGGUUUUACAGAGUCCUUGCUGUGGUUUUGUCCAUCUUUUCUGUGAUUGUUGUGUGGUCGGAGUGCACAUUCUUUAGCACUACUCCUGUAUUAUCCCUCUUUGCAGUCUUCAUACAGCUGGCAGAAAGAACAUAUAAUUAUAUUUAUAUUGAGAUUGCUUGUUUUCUUUCCAUCUUCUUCCUAAGUAUCUGUGUUUAUUCUACCGUGUUCAGGAUUCGUGUAUUUAACUAUUAUUACCUGGCUUCACAUCACCAGACUGAUGCUUACAGUCUUCUUUUCAGUGGCAUGUUAUUUUGCCGUUUGACUCCUCCAUUAUGUCUUAACUUCUUGGGUUUGACCCAUAUGGAUUCAUCCAUCUCUCACAAGAAUACUCAGCCAACUGCUUAUACAUCUAUUAUGGGUUCCAUGAAAGUUUUAUCCUUUAUUGCAGAUGGAUUCUAUAUAUAUUAUCCUAUGUUGGUGGUAAUUCUCUGCAUUGCUACUUAUUUUAGUUUGGGGACCCGUUGUUUGAAUCUGCUUGGUUUCCAGCAGUUCAUGGGAGAUAAUGAUAUGACAUCAGACUUAAUUGAUGAAGGAAAAGAAUUAAUUAAACGAGAAAAGAGAAAGCGGCAAAGGCAAGAAGAAGGUGAAAAUCGAAGAAGAGAGUGGAAAGAACGUUAUGGACACAAUAGAGAAGAUUCCACAAGGAACAGAAAUACAUAUAUGGAUCUAAAAGAGUCAAACUUCUCAGAUGUUAGUACUAACCGGUCGGUAUCCAAAUAUACCAGGGCCAAUAAUAAGGCUGAAAGGGACCGAAUAGAACUUCUCCAAGAUGCAGAACCUUUGGAUUUUAAUGCAGAAACAUUCACUGAUGACCCUCUUGAAUCGGAAUCAGGGAGGUAUCAGCCUGGUGGACGAUAUCUUUCAAUGUCUCACAAUGGAAUGUUUGAUGAUGUCUAAAGUUUGAAAAAAUUUUAUAGAACAACUAACCAAGAUUGACACAGCAGUUCGGUCUUUAUGAACAUCUGUGUGCCGUAUGGUUUCCUUUGUACUCUCAGUGUAAAGUGUCAAGAUUGGAAAAUAAAAAAAGGCACUGAGAAUUAAUUACAUCCUAGAGUGAUAGUUGAUUAUUCUCUGAAUACAGUUAUUAUCUUUGCUAAUAGGGCUUAUUACCAUACGAUUUCCUAGGUGUCUGCCUUAGCAGUGCAGUUAUCAGUGGAAGUAUUUAAUUCAAGGUAAGCAUCAGUAUAUGUUGAGAACAGGUAGUUCAGUUUGUUUCAGAUUAAUUUUUUCAGGAGAGUUAUUUUAAGUGUCCAAGGAAGCCAUAAGUCAUAUUAAAUAAUAUUAUAUAGUUUUAUUAUUGUGAUUUAUAUUUUUGAUUUUUCUAAAAAUGUGUUCAAUCUGUAUUUCCCAAAGAAAUAUAAGUGAAUGGAGACCUCAACAAAUAACCAUAUUCACAAUACCCAUGUCUUAAACCAAGGCUUACUUACCUAGACAUAACUGAAUGUAAAAAGCUAUUUUUCAAAUCUGUUUGCAAAUUAAUGUAGUUUCUUGCAUGUAUAAUUAAGAUUAUACUUCAACUGAAAGUGUCUUUAGCAUGUAUAUUAAAAUCAGGUGAUAUAUUGUUCUUUCAGCCUUCAUAGGAACUGGAUUUUAUGCUUUGGUAUUGCUUUGUAGGAUUUUCAUUUCAGAGAGAAUUAUUCACCUUAAUCAUAUAGCCUAUUUAUUUCAAUGUUGAUCAUUCCACUCAAGAAGAAAUCUUAAGCAUUAAUGAUUGUUUUAUCUUGUUUCAUUUUUUUAAAUAGCCAGAUAGCCCUAGAAAAUUCUCUUAAAGUAUAGGUGGCUGUUUGGACUUUGGGGAAAAGUAUCUUAUAUUCAACAGUAAAAAGUAAAUCCAUUUAUUAUUAACACUUUAAAUUAUGUUUUUAAGAAAACAACACUAAAAAUAGAAGCAUAUAACAAUAGCCUAUUCAUUAAACAUGCUUAUUAUUUUUAAUUUAUUGUUUUACUGUUGUGUUUAAGCCAAAGUUAAAUAUUAUUUUCAAACACCAUUGUUUUAUUACAAAGUAAACAUAGUUGAGUGCAACAUGCUUGGGGAGAGUUUUUUAUGUCCCUAAAAUAUUUGCAACUCAUAGAAUCCAUCCUAUGCUGAGUGACCAUACUUGAGCUUGCCAAAGGUAGUCUCAGCUUAACACCUAGUAUCCUGUGAGUACCAGUGCUUUCACUCUCAAGUGUCACCCUAACUACAUGAUUAUAUAUUUCUUGAAGGUAAUCUUAUCAUGAGUCAUACAUUUAAAUUUUUUAUUUUCCUCUUAAUUUAAUGAGUACUUUCAAGUAAAUCUUUUAAAGCCACAGUUCUGUGCAGGUACUGAAAAGAAUAGUGCAUUAUCCAAAUCAUCUAACUUUCUUGAUCUUUUAGUUUUUAUUAUUGUUGAGAUUAGAUCCCCUUUAAAAUAAUUAGAAGUGUAUAGAUUACUCUCAGUAAGGUUGUAGAACAUGUGUAUUUGAGGAUAGACACACACACACACACCCUUUUGUAUUGUGAAGUGUGGUCAGAGAGCAAUAGGCCAGGCAGAGGAAUUUCAUACUGCCGUUAAUGUUGCGAUCAACUCAUAGAAUGCUUUGGGCAAUUUGUGUAACCCAUUGGUGCCUCAGUUUCUUCAUUUGCAGAAUGAAGAUGACACUUGCCAUUUACCUACUGAUCUACCUCACAAAAGUGUUGUGAGGGAUUAGAGUUAUGUAUAGGCACUGGAGAUUAAAAAGACAAAACAAUCCUUAGCUGUGCUGUGUUAUUUUCCUAAUAGUACUUGAAGGUAUUAGAAGAGGGAAAUGAUCGUCCCAGAAAGGGGUACAGUUUCUUAUAAUUGCAGAAAAUCUUAGAAAUCCCCAAAGCAAAAACUUUUUUUAGCUAAUUCAUCAAAGUCUUGUGAAAAUAGUGUCAUUUUAUUUAGUCUGUGUGUUUACUUUGGAAUAUUUUUUGUAACUAUAAUGUUUCUUACCAAUUGUGUCAUGACAAAUGCUGUUAUAGAAGAAGCAGAAAAAGAAAAAUUACCCAAUUUUAUAACAAAUUUUGUAGUGUCUUAUAAUAAAUUGAUAGGAAUGUGUAAAAGAAUGUUAUUUUCCUUUAUUAUUCUUAUGGUUAUAAUAAUUGAAUUUUGUAUGUAAAUAUACUUAACAAAUAGUAUAGAUCCCUUUUUGACUUAUGAGUUAUUUCCAAAAUAAUUUUUGGUUGUUUCUGUGAUCCAGAAUAUUCAAGUUUUUAAGUAAGACUUGUCUUGUAGAAUUUUAUAUAUGAUCACAUAGGAAGGCUACUUCAUUGGGUAAGUCUGAGUUCAGAAGGCAAUGAUUUAACCCUCUGUAGAGUAAGAGUUUAAUGUUUGGGAACUAAGUUAAUAUUUAUUAAGCUACCUUGUGUAAGAAACUGUGGAAGGUACAAGUUUUCUGUUUUUAAGAAGCUUAUUGUCAUGUAACUUUAAGUAAUUUACAUGCAAAGUACAUACUUGGAAUAAUUAUUUCUGGCAGCUUCUUUUUGAUGUCUUGCUUACAUGGUAAUAAAUAUCUGAUUAGAAUUUUCUAAAUUAUUUUUCUAAAUAGUUGUGUAGGUAAGGAUAUCCAGUAAGCUAAUAAUUCAAAUUAACUACUGCAGACAAUAAUAGUAACCAGUUAAUUUCAUGCAUCAUCUGUAAGUUGCUAAUUAACUUUUUUAUCCCAUAAGUAAUAGAUAACUUUUAUAAAAAAUUCUUAAAAUAUGAAGUAAAUUGUAAGUCUAAUUAUUAAACUUUGCUCUUACCAAAUAAUUAACAAGGGCUUUAGAAUAAUUUCAUCAGAAAAUUUCAUUUCAAAAAAUGUGGUUAGAGCGAAUUCAAAAUAUUCAAAGGUUUUUCUCUUAUAAAUGAUUGGAAACUUUGACAAUCUAAAUAUUCAGAAAGAAAUGCUGCCAAUUGAUUUGCCUUUAGAUUUUAUCAUUUGAUAAUAUUACUGGUUCUUAAAUUUAAGCUAAAUAUUCAGUCUAAUGUGGAUAGGAAAGACAGCUUUUGUAGUUUUUCCAAAUAUCUUUUAGCAUAUUAAUGAAGGAAUUUCAUUUAUGUUCAACAGCAAACUUCAUUUUUAAUAGCUUCAGUAAAUUUGAGACUAUACAAACUUUCAAUAUUAUAAUUCAUUGUUUAGUAAGGUGAGUUUUGUCCUUGUGAUUUGAGUGAACCAUGCCUUUAAAUCACACAUAUAAAAAGUAUAUUUGCACUAAGAGGCAAAUGUCCUUGAAAAACCCAAGUAUACUUGAAUCUCCAAGUGUAAUGGAUUGUAUUAUAUUAAAUUCUAAAUAUUAAGAAGUAAAUAGAUUUAGGGUUUUGUCUUUUUUUUUUUACCUCACUCCUUUUUAUAUCAUCUUUUUCUGAUGAUAUUCUUUGUAAUAUGACUUUAAAUGUGUUAGCAGAUUUUUUUUUUGUUUGUUUUGUGUACCCAAUUGUUUUUGAUGGGCAGCACACUCAAAAGCACUUACUUCUAGCUACAAAUCCCACUACUUGAAAUUGCAGUAUUAUACAUAAAAUAAUGAAACAGAUUAUGCUGAACAACUAAGCAACAUCUAAAUGUAUGUAUAUAUAUAUGCAUAUAUAUAUAUAUAUAUAUCAAAUAUGCUGGCUCAGUUUUUUGCUGUCUUUUAGGUGACUAAGGAGGGCACGUCAGUAAAAAAAAUAACCAAUCAAGACAUUAACAACCUUGAAACCUCUUAUGAAAAGGAAUUCAUGGAUAGCAUAUUUCAUCAACAUUUUUUUAGAAGAGUCAGAACAAUAUAUUGGGGUGUCAGGAGGGCUCCUGAACUCUGAAUUCCCCUCCAUGUAGAGUUACUUCUUCCUAACUCAUUACCUCUUUCCUGCCCCCCCCCCCCCAAGAUUUGAAAGAUCAGGCAGAUUUAUCUUUUUUCCCAACUGUAGCAGCACAGGUACUAGUUGUACCCUAUUCUAUUUCCUGUUGCAUUGGAAACAUAUGUCCUCACUUCUAGUUUCUUCCAUGAUCAACCUCAUUUAGCUAAAAUUUAGCUUCCUUUUUCAAAAAGGUUGUCUGUUGAGGUCAACUGAGGCCUUCCUGUAAUUUUAAAAUUUGUUUAUACAGCAAGACUAUUGCAUAUUUCUCUUCUCUUGGAUAUCCUAAAUGAUGCAUGCUUUCAACACACUCCUUGAGGGAAAUGAACUAUUUUUCUCCCUGAAAAUUCCUUUGAGAUUAUCUCACAUCUUUUUUAAAAAGGAAUUUUACUGUACAUAGUGCAGAAGAAUAGAAAAAGUGGCUUACUGUGGCAGACAUAUGUAGGGUAGUCAUAAUUUAUGAAACUGUACAACACAAUUUAGAAUUGAUAUUAUUGGCAUAACUCUGAUCAGCCUACAAAACUAGCACUGGAUUUCUCAAAAGAAUGCUGGCUAACAUCUUCCCUUCUUAGUAUACCAAGUUUUAGGGGAGAGAUUGUGUAUUCAUGUUUUUAAAAGCAAUCCAAUGGAUUUGUUUUUGUCCAUAUUUUGAAAACAGCCUGAAGAAUUUUUCUCAUUUUAGAAAGUAGAGAAUAUGUGGACUGUCCUUUAAAUUGCUAUAGUCUUAUAUAUAUUUAUAAAUUAUAGCAUUGAAAAGUACAAAAGAGCUCUAGUGCCGAUGAUGGCCCUACCUGAUAUUUAGUUUUUAUAAAUGUUUUUUUAAGUAGCUAAUUAUAAUAUUGCUUGAUAUACUUUAAAAAUCUUUUUCAAAUAAGUCUUCACAAGAUCUGUUUACUUAGGACAAUAUUCUAAAGUUCAGUAUUCCAGUGUGGCUUUGAAAUAUUCCCACGUUCCUUUAGUAUGGUUUUAUAUAUACCAGUACCCAAGCAAAGUAUACCAAAAGCCUAAUUUCUGUGUUGCAUUAAUAAACUAUUUGUUAUUUGCCUUUAUCUAAUUCAGUUGAUUAGAUGAAGUAGAAAAUAAGGCUUUCAAGUGUGUAUCUGAUCAUGAUUUUUCAAACUGUUAAUUAUGUUCAGUUUUGGUGCAUGAUGCCAAAAUUACCUUUCAUCCCUCAUUAUUACCUGAUGUGUAAUGACAGAUGUUUUCCUAUCUGAUGGGUGGGUUAUAAUUUGACUGUUUUUCUCUGAAGAUUCUCACUACAUUUUCAAAUACGUGUUUAGAAGAAGUGGCAAAGUGCUGUUUAUAAGUUAGCAUUUUUGGCUUUAUGUAUAAUGUUGUCUCUGGUUUUGACAAACUCAUUGAGUUGCAGUUCUUGCAGUUUCUUUGUAGUAUUUUAACUUAUUGUGAUGUAAAGAAUCUUGAAAUGUUUAUAUGAUUGGUUGUUAAAAUAUAGAAAAGUACAUAGCUUUGCAUGAAAUAAACUACAUUUCUACAAACUA